AUGCUUCUGGUUCUCACAGAGACGCUCUCACGUGGGCUCAAUCGAGACGUCCCGAGCUCUCUAGCCGAAACGGCGGUUCGACUAUAUAAGCAAGCAGGCCUGGAGCUGCAGUUUUUGGUGUCGACCAAGGCGCUAGGGUUUCCAGAGGAUUUGGCCAAGACAGUGUACAGAUUCAUUUAUGACAACUUGGCGGCGCUAGAUACGAAGGCGACGGACGUUGCUACGGACCCGCCGGUGAAAAAACCGAGAAAGGCGAAGACUUCAAAACUUGCGCUUAAUUUCGACGAGGAUGACGAUUUGGACCUUGAUCAAGGCUCCUCCUUGCUGGCCAAGGAUAGGGAGCCCAAGAAACCGAAGUUUAAGAAGUUGAAGAAGGCAGAUACUCAGAGGUUGAAGCAGGAGCCGGCAGAUGAGGUGGGGGUGAAAAGGGAGCCAGAUAUUGUUAAGCGUGAGCCUGUCAAGAAAGAAGAGCAUUUGAGUCUAUCUGAGCUUGCAGAGCUUGAAAGGAAGCGUAAGGAGGCCCAGGCUUUGGUCCAGGAGACCGAGGAGUUUCAUCGGCUCGAGGACGACGAGUUUAGCAUUGAAAACGACAGAGAAUGGUAUGCUUCUGAGGAUAUGGCACACCAGGCACAUGUGGAAGACUACGAGGACUUGGACUAUAAGCCAAAACAGCGACCUCGGCCUAGGAAGGGUGCUCAGCGGACAGGCGGUGGUUUUGACGCUGCUACAGGUGAGUAUAUUGAUUAUGACCAUGAUGCUUCAGAAGCCCAGCUUCAAAGAGUACCUAUUACGACUCAUUUCUUGAUCCCGCCAUUUUUGGAAGGCUCGGAGGGCGAUUUAAGGCCUCAUUUUGGGAGCACUCAAACGUCCAGAAGCACUGGACCGAGUGUUAGCGCUGUCAAAGACCCAGCAUCUGAGCUUGCAGAAACAGCCCGGAACGGUAGUUUCAUCGUUAAGGAUAGAAAAGCCAAGAAAGAAAGAGCCCAGCAGGCAAAGGAAAGAGCAACCGGCGAGGACGGUAUGGCCUCUGUGGUUAAGAAAGACGAUGAGAAGGAGGAGAAACAAAAUGAGGAGGAAAUCGAAGAAAAGGCUUCCUUUGAGAGUAUCCAAGAACAAAGAAAGACCCUUCCAGCCUACAAAUGCCGAGACGAUCUUAUGAGAAUUAUUUCAGAAAACCAGGUUGUGGUGGUCAUUGGUGAGACUGGUUCUGGUAAGACUACACAACUUACCCAGUUUUUAUGUGAAGAUGGGUACGCAAAAAGCAAAGAUAAGCACGGCUCAAGGUUGCUUGUUGGGUGUACACAACCCAGACGUGUGGCUGCCAUGUCGGUGGCCAAAAGAGUGUCAGAAGAAAUGGGAUGCAAACUUGGCGAAGAGGUGGGUUACUCCAUCAGAUUCGAAGACAGAACAAGUCCCCAAAAGACAUUGAUCAAGUACUUGACAGAAGGUAUUCUUCUUCGUGAGAUGCUUGCUGAUUCUGCUCUAGAACAGUAUUCAUGCAUUAUCAUGGAUGAAGCGCACGAGAGGACCCUAAACACUGACAUUUUGCUUGGUCUUUUCAGACAGCUUCUACGGAAAAGAAGAGAUCUCAAGCUCAUAGUCACCAGUGCUACCAUGAACGCUGACAGAUUCUCUAGGUUCUUUGGUGAUGCUCCUCAGUAUGUGAUUCCCGGAAGAACCUUCCCAGUUGAGACAUUCUACUCCAAAUCGCCAUGUCCUGACUAUGUCGAUACAGCAGUUAAACAGGUUAUAACCAUACACCUAGCGAACCAGGGCCAGCAAGGAGAUAUUUUGGUGUUCAUGACAGGUCAGGAAGAUAUUGAAGCCACCUGUGAAAUGAUCCACGAGAAACUAGAUAUGCUUGAGAACCCUCCACCGCUUGAUGUGUACCCGAUAUACUCCACCCUUCCUGCUGAUGUGCAAAAGAAGAUCUUCAACAAGCUGACUGCAGAGCGCCGAAAAGUCGUUGUUGCAACCAACAUUGCUGAGACUUCUUUGACGGUGGACGGAAUAAAGUACGUCGUGGAUUGUGGUCUUGUCAAGGUGAAAGUGUUCAACCCCAAGCUUGGAAUGGAUAUUUUGCAAAUGGUGCCUAUUUCCAUGGCCAAUGCACAGCAAAGAAGCGGUCGUGCUGGUAGAACAGGCCCAGGUAUCGCUUACAGGCUUUAUACUGAUAGAGCAGCUGCACCUUCUCAGAUGUACGUGCAGCCUAUUCCAGAAAUCCAGCGUACCAACUUGAGUUCAGUUAUGUUGAUGCUCAAGUCGCUUCAUGUUAGCGAUGUUCUUCAGUUUCCGUUUUUGGAUACACCUCCACGAGACUUGCUCAGCUGUUCGUUGUAUGAUCUCUGGGCGAUUGGUGCUCUUGAUAAUGUUGGUUCUUUGACGCUGUUAGGUGAACAGCUUAAUGUUUUCCCAAUGGAACCAACUCUCGCCAAGCUCAUAUUACUCUCCACUCAAGAAGAGUUUCACUGUUCGAGGGAGAUAAUCAUCAUUGUCUCGAUGCUUUCUGUUCCCAACGUCUUUUACAGGCCAAAAGAAAGAGCAGAUGAUGCUGAUUCCGCAAGAGAGAAAUUCUUGAUUGCAGACCUGGACCAUUUGACUUUGUUGAAUGUCUUUGAACAAUGGGAACAGAGAGCCAAGCAGAAGAAAGGCAGUUUGAGCUUAUGGUGCACUAGAAACUUCCUUCACUACAGGUCCCUCAUUCGUGCAAAAGAUAUCUACAACCAGAUUAUGCUUAUCAUGAACAAGAAACAGUUUCCAGUGCUCAAAUCGAAAACAGACAGCGAUAUCAGAAAAUGUCUCUGUGCAGCUUUCUUCCAGCAACUGGCCAAGCUCGUGAAGAUGGGCGGUGGCAGAGGCCAAGUCGAGUAUGCCAAUCUACGCCAGACAUAUAUGACCAUGUACCUUCAUCCUACAUCGGCAUUGGCUGGUGGAGGCGACUUGAGUCCUCCGUUUGUGGUAUACGACGAGUUGGUACUUACCACCAAAGAGUAUAUGCAAUGUGUUACUGCUGUGGAGCCAGAAUGGCUACUCAAGUAUGGCCAUAUCUUUUAUGGGGUCAGUGCUACUGUUAGAAAGCAGAUUGAAGGGUCGUUGGACUUUACAUUGGUCGGUAAGGAUGACUGGGAAAAACGGCUAGAGGAGGACAGACAACGCUCUAAAAAGCCAGAUACGCUGAAGGCUACAGAAAAGACGAAAGUGGUACCUCGGGUCCGUCGGGGUUUUUAG